CGGGUCGGCGGGUGGAGGAACGCGGCCCUCUGUAAUGGCGGAGCGUGGCGGGGACGGGGGGGACGGCGAGCGAUUCAAUCCGGGGGAGCUCAGGAUGGCUCAACAGCAGGCCUUGAGGUUCCGAGGCCCAGCUCCCCCACCAAAUGCAGUAAUGCGGGGCCCGCCACCACUCAUGCGACCUCCUCCACCUUUUGGUAUGAUGCGAGGCCCUCCACCACCACCUCGGCCCCCCUUUGGACGUCCCCCUUUUGAUCCUAAUAUGCCGCCGAUGCCUCCUCCAGGAGGGAUACCUCCACCUAUGGGCCCUCCACACCUCCAGAGACCACCUUUCAUGCCUCCACCCAUGGGAACCAUGCCUCCUCCUCCGGGUAUGAUGUUUCCACCAGGAAUGCCUCCUGUGACUGCACCUGGUACUCCAGCACUGCCUCCGACUGAGGAAAUAUGGGUUGAAAAUAAAACUCCAGAUGGGAAGGUUUAUUAUUAUAAUGCUCGGACACGUGAAUCUGCAUGGACCAAGCCAGAUGGAGUUAAGGUUAUUCAGCAAUCAGAACUGACACCUAUGCUUGCAGCCCAGGCACAGGUUCAGGCUCAAGCUCAGGCGCAGGCUCAGGCCCAAGCGCAGGCCCAGGCCCAGGCCCAAGCCCAGGCUCAGGCUCAAGCCCAGGCUCAGGCUCAGGCUCAGGCCCAGGCCCAGGCUCAGGCGCAAGCUCAGGCUCAGGCCCAGGCCCAGGCGCAAGCGCAAGUGCAAGCACAAGCAGUCGGAGCUUCCACCCCUACGACCAGUAGCCCAGCAUCUGCAGUGUCCACUUCAACAUCAUCAUCCACCCCUUCCUCUACCACUUCCACCACGACAACUGCCACUUCGGUUGCGCAGACAGUAUCAACACCCACAACACAAGAUCAGACCCCAAGUUCUGCUGUUUCAGUUGCCACGCCUACAGUUAGUGUUUCAGCUCCUGCUCCUACAGCCACACCUGUGCAAACUGUUCCCCAGCCGCACCCCCAGACGUUACCUCCUGCUGUUCCUCAUUCAGUACCUCAGCCAGCAGCUGCAAUACCUGCUUUUCCACCAGUAAUGGUACCUCCGUUUCGUGUUCCCCUUCCUGGCAUGCCAAUUCCACUUCCAGGUGUAGCAAUGAUGCAAAUAGUCAGCUGCCCGUAUGUAAAGACAGUCGCUACCACCAAGACCGCAACAGACUUUGUGUUGGUUGCACUUGGAGCUGAGCCCAAAGAAGAGGAGAUGACCGAAGAAGAAAAGGCUGCCCAGAAGGCAAAGCCAGUUGCUACAACUCCGAUUCCUGGGACUCCAUGGUGUGUUGUUUGGACUGGGGAUGAGCGAGUCUUCUUUUAUAAUCCCACCACUCGUCUUUCUAUGUGGGACCGACCUGAUGAUCUGAUCGGAAGGGCAGAUGUUGACAAAAUUAUUCAGGAGCCCCCUCAUAAAAAAGGAAUGGAAGACAUGAAGAAACUAAGGCACCCGACCCCAACAAUGCUGUCCAUCCAAAAGUGGCAGUUCUCUAUGAGUGCAAUUAAAGAAGAGCAAGACCUAAUGGAAGAAAUUAAUGAAGAUGAGCCUGUUAAAGCAAAAAAACGGAAGAGAGACGAUAAUAAAGACAUUGACUCAGAGAAAGAGGCUGCCAUGGAAGCUGAAAUUAAAGCUGCCCGAGAAAGGGCCAUUGUCCCUCUGGAGGCUCGAAUGAAGCAGUUCAAGGACAUGCUGCUAGAGAGAGGGGUAUCUGCUUUUUCAACAUGGGAGAAGGAGUUGCACAAGAUAGUUUUUGAUCCGCGGUAUUUACUUCUCAAUCCUAAAGAGAGAAAACAGGUGUUUGAUCAGUAUGUAAAGACCAGGGCAGAGGAAGAACGCAGGGAAAAGAAAAACAAAAUAAUGCAAGCCAAGGAAGAUUUCAAAAAAAUGAUGGAAGAAGCAAAGUUUAAUCCAAGAGCUACUUUUAGUGAAUUUGCAGCCAAGCAUGCUAAAGAUUCAAGAUUCAAAGCAAUUGAAAAGAUGAAAGAUCGAGAAGCUUUGUUUAAUGAAUUUGUGGCAGCUGCAAGGAAGAAAGAGAAAGAAGAUUCGAAGACCAGAGGUGAGAAGAUUAAAUCGGAUUUCUUUGAACUAUUAUCUAAUCAUCAUUUGGACAGUCAGUCUCGAUGGAGCAAAGUAAAAGACAAAGUAGAAAGUGAUCCACGUUACAAAGCAGUGGAUAGUUCAUCAAUGAGAGAAGACCUUUUCAAACAGUACAUUGAAAAAAUAGCCAAGAAUUUAGACUCAGAAAAAGAAAAGGAGCUUGAACGGCAAGCCCGCAUUGAGGCAAGCCUUCGAGAACGAGAAAGGGAGGUUCAAAAAGCACGUUCAGAACAAACGAAAGAAAUAGAUCGAGAGAGAGAGCAACACAAACGAGAGGAAGCUAUCCAGAAUUUCAAGGCUCUUCUGUCUGACAUGGUACGUUCUUCAGAUGUGUCAUGGUCUGAUACUCGUAGGACCCUCCGAAAAGAUCACCGCUGGGAAUCUGGAUCCUUACUGGAAAGAGAGGAGAAAGAGAAGCUUUUUAAUGAACACAUUGAGGCACUUACCAAAAAGAAGAGGGAGCACUUUCGGCAACUUCUGGAUGAAACUUCUGCGAUUACCUUAACAUCAACAUGGAAAGAAGUGAAAAAAAUCAUUAAGGAAGAUCCUCGGUGCAUUAAGUUCUCCUCCAGUGACAGGAAAAAACAAAGAGAGUUUGAAGAAUAUAUCAGAGACAAAUAUAUUACAGCCAAAGCUGACUUCAGGACGCUUUUGAAAGAGACGAAAUUUAUAACAUAUAGAUCUAAAAAGCUAAUUCAAGAAUCUGAUCAGCACCUGAAAGACGUAGAAAAAAUUUUGCAGAAUGACAAGCGGUAUCUUGUACUGGACUGUGUGCCCGAGGAAAGGCGUAAACUCAUUGUGGCGUAUGUCGAUGACCUAGAUCGCCGGGGCCCACCUCCACCUCCCACAGCGUCAGAGCCCACGAGACGAUCAACAAAAUAAUUCUAAAUACUCUUCCACAGGGGUAUAUAUUAAUUCAAAAUGCUUGCAUGAGCCAAUUUUCGGGUUUUUACAUAUAUGUGCAUUAGUCAACCUAUUGCAAAACCAUCUGACAAACAGAAGGAGAAGCAUUCAUGAACAGUUUCUGAACAAGACACUUUGGAAAUAUUUAUGCUUUUCUUUGUGUGGCAUGACUGACAUACAUACUCAAAUAUAGGCUGUCUCUAGUAAAUCUAAAAUCUUUUGAAGCUAAAAAUCAUCCUUUUAUGAGGUGUGGAAGUCAGUGACUUGGUGACGUUCUUUCUAGCAGUGUUAUACAUGCAAGACGUAAGAGCAUUUGUGGUUUGAACUUGCCAGAUGCAAAAACCACAGACUCCAAGAAAACCUAAGUUGGGGUUCGUUUUGUUUUGAUUUUAUUUUUUAAAGCGGGUAAAAGAGAAAACACUGAAAAUUGAAUUCUUAUCUUCCAGAGGCUAAGAUUAUUAUAAUGGACAAUACUUUUACCUUUGUCUCUAAAGAACAGUUUAGUUUUAUUUGUUCACUUAUGUGCUUUGAUUAUCCCCUCUGAAUUAUAGACCAAGUCUUGUCGUUUAGCCUAAGAGAAGAUUUAUGUAGUAAGUUCUUCUCAGGUUUGGAACUAUGGUCAUAACUAACAUGUUGGCCAGAAUAGAACCACUGGUUAAACAUACUUUAUUCACCAUUAAGUGAUCUUUAUCAAUAUUCUGGAUUAGACAACAAAUUACCUUUCGGGGUAUUCCCUGUAAACUAUAUUCCUGUUUGAACGUUAAACUUUUGUUUCUAAAGUUUAAUUUUAAGAUGUUUGAAUGUUCAGUUUAUGUAUUUGAACUACAAUAAACCAACCCUUUUUAUAUA